AACAUGACAACAUGAGCAAUGCUGAGAUAAUCGGUUCUACAAAUCUUAUAAUUCUGCUAGAGGAUGAAAUCUUUGCCGAUUUUUUCAACACAUUUCUUUCUCUCCCGGUUUUUGGUCAAACACCAUUUUACACUGUCGAAAUUUCACAGUGGAGCUUGUGGCCAGAAAUACCUUAUGACUUGAUUGCCAAGUACAAAGGAUUAUUGACCUGGUUGGAAAAAUACCGGUUACCUUUCUUCUGUAAAACAGACUUGUGUUUCUAUUACAUUCUCUGUCAGGAGCUCAUCAGUUUCGUUAAUUCCCCAGAAGGAGGUGAAGAGUUGUUGGAUUUUUGGAUCCUUGCUGAGAAGAUCCUGAGCAUAGAUGAGAUGGACCCGGAAGUGAGAGACUACUACCUGUCCCUCAUUCUUGUACUGAAGGCCACCCACCUGCAGGAGGGUUCCUGGGUGGUAACACUCUGCAACAUGAAUAUCAAGUCCCUCCUGAACCUCCCCAUCUGGCAUCCCAACCAGUCAACCACCAGGAGGGAGAUCCUGAGCCACAUGCAGAAAGUGGCUUUGUUCAAACUCCAGAGCUAUUGGCUUCCCAACUUUUACACCCACGCCAAGAUGGCCAUGGACAAGGAAGAAGCGUGCCACAAUCUAAUGCAGGAAUAUGAGACUCGUCUACACAGUGUUUGCUUCACCCAUGCAGGAGGGCUCCCUCUGAACAUGAGCAUCAGGAAGUCCUGCCACUUUUGGAAGCAAUACUCGAGCAGGAACACCAAGAGGAAAAUGUGGCAACUGAUAGAUCCUGGCUCUUGGUCUCUGGAAAUGGACCUCAAGCCAGAGACACCCCCGUCUCCACAGGAGAUGUGUCCUCAGGAGGAGGUGGUUAGACAAAUGCCUUCCUUGAAAGUGGCUUCUUCAAAAGAGAGAAUCACUGGUUCUCUGGAAAAGGAGAUUCAAUGUGCCAGGAAAUCCAGCAUGAAGAAGAAAGCCAAGAGCCCCCUUCAUAUGGAGGGCCUCUUUGAAACGACGUUCUCUGCCCACCUGAGGACCAUCACCCCCAUCAUCAAACACUCCUCCCAAAUAACAAUCAAGAGGUCCAACAAGCAAUGCCUCUCCUUGGGGUAUACCCACUGGGCCUUGUGUGCUGAUGCCUGUGCAGGAAAUCCUUUCCGGGACCACCUGAAGAAGCUGAAUCUGAAAAUAGAGACCCAGCUUCUGGACCUCUGGCAGGACCUUCACCAUUUCCUUUGUGUCCUAAUGGAUAACAGGAAGAAUGGUAAUGCCAUCUUUUAUCACUUGCUGGGAGACAGAAUCUGUGAGCUCUACCUAAAUGAGCAGAUUGGUCCACGCUUACCACUCAAAUCCCAGACCAUUCAGGGCCUGAAGAAACAGUUGCCGUCUGGGGAUAUGAACCCCUGGAUUCCUAAAGCCCAGAAGGAGAUCUGCAAGAUACUCAGCCCUUGGUAUGAUGAAUUCCUAGAUCAAGAGGACCACUGGUUUCUCAUUUUUACAACUCAGAACAGGUUCGUCAGUACCAGGUGGCGUAAAAGAGAAUCUAUAAGUGAAGAAGAGAACAUUUUUCUUUAUAAGAGGAUUCAGAAAUCUCUGGAGUUAAGUCAGGCUUUGGCUAACAUGGAGGAAAUGGACUCCAUGCAGUGGCAAAAGAUAGCUACUGAGGAUUUGAAACAAGGAGGGUCUCUCCAGGUAGAGCUGACGUCUCCAGUGUUUCUAACAGACAUAAACAAAAUGUCCUUCGAGGAACUCUGCUAUAAGAAUCCAAAGAUGGCCGUAGAGAAGAUCAGUGAUGACUACAAAAUAUAUUGUAAGAAAGCACCUCAGACAGAUUUUACAGUGGAAAUCAUCAAAGAACCAAGGGCAGCUGUACCCACACCCAGGAAAUUGUCCUUCUUCAAAAGAACUGGUAUAAGAAAGCCCUCAGUGAGACCCAGAAACUUGACAGAAGUCCUCCUAAAUACACAACACUUGGAGUUCUUCAGGGACUUCCUCAGGGAACGGAAGGCUGAAAGCCCAUUGCAGUUCCUGAUAGCUGUACAAAAGAUCAGUAUAGAGACCAAUGAAAAGAUUUACGAGUCACUCAUGGAAAAUAUAACCAAGACUUUCUUUCUUGGCAAACUGCCUCCUGAAGAAAUGCUUCAGUGUGAUGCCUCUAUUAUUAAAGAACUCACUCACAUGCAACAUAUCAGCACAACUUCAUUGCUGGCGCUCCAAGGCCAUGUCAUGAAAUCUCUGGAGGAAAAGUGGUUUAAAGAUUACCAAGAACUGUUUCCACCUCGCCCUCAGGAGGUAGAAACUGAAGUACAAAUUCCAGCUAGGAAGCCUUCGAAGAUAGUGACAACUUACCUGCAGGAAUCCCAGAAGAGAGGCUGGCUGAAAAUGAUCAGCUUUAUCAAGAGCUUUUGCAAGUACCGCAGAUUUAUGUUGAAUCCUAGUAAGCGCCAGGAAUUUGAAGACUAUCUUCGCUUGGAAAUGCAAAGCAGCAAAGAGAAUUUAUCUCCAUCGUCUAACACACCAGGACGUUCAGCCCCAUUAUCCACAAGUACCCGGAGUGCAGACCAAGAGAAUGGAGAUAUAAUCCUGGUAAAGCGCCGUAUAUUUGGCCACAGGAUGAUCAUUAUCAACUUUGUGAUCAAUGAUUUGUAUUUCUUUUCUGAAAUGGAGAAAUUUAAUGACUUGGUGAGUUCAGCUCACAUGCUGCAGGUCAACCGGGCGUACAGUGAAAAUGAUGUGAUCCUAAUGCGUUCCAAAUUUAACAUUAUCCUAAAGCUCUUCCUGCAUUCUGACAUCCCUCCAAAGCUGAGGGUGAAUAUUCCUGAAUCCCAGAAGGAUGCCAUUCUUGCUGCUGUCACAGAGGGCCACCUAGAUCGGAAUGUCUUCCAUGGGGCUGUCAUGGCUGUGUUCCCCAUCAUUAUAUACUUCUGGAAAAGGUUCUGUUCCUGGACAGCAACCCGCUCUUACUUCCAGUACAGAGGGAAGAAGCUCAAGGAGAGGAAAAGUCCUCCUAAAUCUACGUACAAGUACCCUCCUUGGAGUGGAGGAGAUAAUGCCAUCCUAAGGUUUACCAUGCUCAGAGGUACUGAGUGGUUGCGACCUCAAGUGCGGGAAGUGAUAGCAAAUUCAGUCCAAAAUUCUUCAUCAAGCAACCUCACUCAGUCAAGACUUGUGCUGUCUACCAUGCAACUGUGUCCAGUCCAGGGACCGAAAUUAUCCUGUACCAAAAAGGAGAAGAAGUAA